GUUCUAUAUGUAAACUUUUAUCUUGAUCUCACAAAUUUAUUCUUUAUCGUGAUGAUGCUAAUGACAGUGAGAGAACUCAGGUGCUGUUAACAAAUGCUGCGUUUGUCCAUAUAAAACGUACUGAUGUUUCAAAGCACCUUCGAAACCUUACCCCUGCUGGUAGAGCUAUUUUGCUCUCAGGACCUGCUGAACCUUACCAGCAAAUGCUUGCCAAGGCUUUAGCACAUUUCUGUGAAUCAAAGCUGUUAUUGUUGGAUAUCACGGACUUUUCUCUAAAGAUGCAGAGCAAAUAUGGUUGCAAAAAGAAAGAACUCUCUUUCAAGAGGUCUAUCUCAGAGGUGACACUGGAAAGAAUGAACAGUUUAUUAGGUUCAUUACCAUUCCUUCUCCCAAGGGAAGAACCAAAAGGCAUGUUACCUAGGCAGAGCAGUGGUAUUGACCUUAAGUCAAGGGCUACAGAAUGCUCUAGCAGUGCCCCAAAACAUCGUAGAAAUGCCUCUGCUGCAUCUGAUAUUAGUUCCAUCUCUUCCCUUUCCACUUCCUCAAAUCCAGCUUCCUACAAGGGCCCCAGCAGCUGGUGCUUUGAUGAGAAACUCUUUCUGCAGUCACUCUACAAGGUACUGGUUUCAGUAUCAGAAACGAAGCCUAUCAUCUUAUAUCUGAGGGAUGUUGAGAAAAUCCUCCUCCAAUCUCCACGGUUCUACAAUUUGUUUCACAAAUUGUUGAAUAAACUUUCUGGUCCGGUGCUGAUACUUGGCUCCAAGAUGUUGGACCCAGAAGAUGACAGCAGACAAGUGGACGAGAGGCUCUCCCUUUUGUUCCCAACCAACAUUGAGAUAAAAGCACCUGACGAUGAAACUCAUCUUGUCAGGUGGAAAGCCCAACUGGAAGAGGACAUGAAGAGACUCCAAUUUCAGGAUAACAGAAACCAUAUUGCUGAGGUACUUGCAGCAAAUGAUCUUGAAUGUGAUGAUUUGGGUUCAAUCUGUCAAGCAGACACAAUGGUCCUGAGUAAUUACAUUCAAGAAAUUGUGGUAUCAGCAAUAUCUCAUCAUCUGAUUGAUAAUAAGGAUCCAGAAUACCGAAAUGGCAAGCUUGUCAUAUCAUCUGAGAGCUUGUCCCAUGGAUUGAGUAUAUUCCGGGAAGGCAAAAUGAAUGGGAAGGAUACCCCAAAGCUUGAAACAAAUGCUGAAUCCUCCAAGGCGGGCAACAAAGCAGUUGGUGCAAAAACUGAAUCAAAAUCUGAAACCUCGGCGCCAGAAAACAAAACUGAAACAGAGAAGUCAGCUCCUGCCGUGAAGAAAGAUGGUGAGAAUCCACCUGCAGCAAAAAUGCCUGAUUUUCCUCCUGAUAAUGAAUUUGAGAAGCGCAUAAGGCGAGAGGUUAUACCUGCAAAUGAGAUUGGGGUAACGUUUUCAGAUAUUGGUGCAUUGGAUGAGAUCAAAAAAUCUCUUCAAGAGGUAGUCAUGCUCCCUCUUCGAAGACCAGAUCUUUUCACAGGUGGGCUUCUUAAGCCUUGCAGAGGUAUAUUGCUCUUUGGGCCUCCUGGUACUGGAAAAACAAUGCUGGCAAAAGCCAUUGCAAAUGAAUCUGGAGCAAGUUUCAUCAAUGUCUCAAUGUCCACCAUCACCUCAAAAUGGUUUGGGGAAGAUGAGAAGAAUGUAAGAGCUUUAUUUACACUGGCAGCAAAGGUUGCACCGACCAUUAUAUUUGUGGAUGAGGUUGACAGCAUGAUGGGGCAGCGGACUAGAGUUGGGGAGCAUGAGGCUAUGCGGAAAAUUAAGAAUGAAUUCAUGACACAUUGGGAUGGGCUCUUAACCAAUGCUGGGGAGCGAAUUCUGGUUCUUGCUGCAACCAACAGGCCAUUUGACCUUGAUGAAGCAAUUAUCAGGCGGUUUGAGCGCAGAAUUAUGGUUGGCCUACCAUCCAUUGAGAGCAGAGAAAAGAUCUUGAGAACACUGCUGGCUAAAGACAAAGUUGAAGAUCUAGAUUUCAAGGAGCUUGCAGCUAUGACUGAAGGAUAUAGUGGAAGUGAUCUCAAGAACUUGUGCGUAACAGCAGCGUAUCGGCCUGUGAGGGAGUUGCUAAAGCAAGAGAGAUUGAAGGAUAUGGAAAGAAAGAAGACAGAGGAAGCAGGCACGAGCUCAGAGGAAAGUACUUCCGAAACAAAAAAAGACAGUAAGGAAGCAAGCACGAGCUCAGAAGAAAGUACUUCAGAAACAAAAGAAGACAGUAAGGAGGAAUGCAUUAUAACUCUGCGGCCUUUAAAUAUGGAAGAUUUUCGGCAAGCAAAGAACCAGGUUGCUGCAAGCUUUGCUGCUGAGGGUGCAAUAAUGGCUGAGCUGAAACAAUGGAAUGAUUUGUAUGGAGAAGGAGGCUCAAGAAAGAAGCAACAGCUGACCUACUUCCUUUAGAUUGCAGAAAAUAAACAUCUCCUACACUCUCCAACUAAUUCCCUAUCAAAGGAGGUGAAAGGUCGGCCAGAAUGGCCUCAAACAUGGCUCAAUUGCCCCAAGCAUGCAUUUUGUUGAAUUAAGUAGAAAGCUCUGCACCUGGGAUCCUUAGCAAAGGAAAACAGGGAAAGACAGAUGCUUUAUAGAGGGGGUUUAAAUCAUUAUAAAUCCAUUGAAUGAACCAUUUCAAUAUAUGUAUUUGGGUAGUUUGAUUGUGAUAGUGUGCUGCUUGAAUGAGUGAUGUUUGGAAUUUAGAAAUGCAAGUGGGGUAUAGAAUGUGGGGACUGGGGGCAAUUUAUGCUUUGUUUAUGUACAUUUGGAUUGUGUAGUCCUGUUUGCAUGACUAAAGGAAAACACUAUUU